AUGGUCCGUACUCUCUGCAAUGCCUGCACAGAGAAUAUCUUCCGGGGGGAGAAGAACUGCCAGACACGUGGCAAUAUGGUCACCAAUAUGGCUCGCCAUCUCAACUCUGCGGAAAAGCUGCUGGAUGGAGCUGGAGUAGGGUGCAUUUUCUGCGUUCAAAUCAUCCAAUAUCUGGAGAUGGGGCCUGGUGUACCUCAAAGUCCGGCGCGUUUCGAAACGCGUCGCGUGUUCUACGAGUACACAUACCCAGAGAUCAUCCAGUUCUUUGUUGAAUGGCAGGGAGUUGAAGAGAAUGAACCCAGUGAGCGCGAAUACAGAGGCCCUACAUUCGCCAUGGUGCCUAUCACUCCAAUGCGGGGCAUGAGUCUGAAGCAGAUGUACCCAGAGAUCGCUUCCAGGUCUGACUCAGAUGAGACGAUGCAACUUAUGAAGAGAUGGUAUCGGAACUGCUUGCAUGACCACGGAUUGUGCUCACGACGCACAAUCGGUGGUGAUGAAGUGGAAGACGGGUUACAGCUCCCGACUAGACUUAUCGAUAUUGGGUCCGCAGGAAGCAAAGAGUUCCGGGUCGUAAUGGAGACGGAUGCUACAGGCCCAGGGAAAAUAUCCCAUGGCUAUGCAACGCUGAGCCACCGUUGGGGCUCGGCGACGUUUUUGUAA